UGUUUAUGUUCUAGAGUUCGACGGGGAGGCAGAGUUUUUCGUUUUUGGAAAAAAGGAUGAUUUUGCAAGCAUCGGAUGCAGAUUGCUGUGGGAUUUGUAGUGCACGAUAAACAGUGAUCAGUGACCAUGUCCUGGCCAAACAGCUGGCCUCCGGCGCAACAACAGCACGGGUUUGUUCCAGCUUUUCCUCCGCCGAACCAACCUGCUGCAGCACCCGCAGGUGUAGGUGCUACAAUCCCGACUGCGGACUACGGAGGAAUCAGUCCCUACAAUCAAUGGCAAUGGCAGCAGUAUCAGCAACAGUAUGCCCAGUGGCACGCACAGUAUGGAGAACAGUAUGCGCGACAAACGGGGCAACCGCUUCCUCCCGUGGUAGCUCCUAUGCCACAGGCAACACCCGCAGUACCUGCAGUACCGCCGAAUGCGUUCGCAGCGAUACCCGCCGCAGGGCCAGUGGUAUCGCCUUUUCCUCCCAUGAAUCUUGUUGCUCCACCACCACCGUCGGAACCGCAUCCGGAUGAACUGAAGGCCAACAAAGAUCAACAAAAACCUCCUCCACCCGAAGAGAUGAGCCCAGAGGAGAUUGCUUUUGAUCAGCAGUUCAAGAAUUGGGAGCAGGAGUUUGAGGUUUGGAAACGGAACAACAGCAACCAUCCGGACAAGGAAGCGUACAGGGAGUACGAGCAAAAGUGCAUGGAAUGUCGUCGAAAGUUGCUAGCGCGUCGUGAGCAGCUCAAGCGUGAUAGAAUCGAGAAAAAGCGAAUGAUGACUAACAACAUUGUGACGAAACCUCCACUUCCGCCGGUACCACCGCCUCCUCCACCGGAACCGGAAGAUAGUAACAGGACAUCUUCGAAGCCGGAGAACACUGGAGCUCCGUUCGAAAGUGUCUUCAAUCACGUCACAUCAUCGGGCGGAGCUAAAAGUGCCGGGAUUCCUGGUUUGGAUUUAAUCGACGAGCACACACCACCACAGCCCAAGAAGCCAAAGCUUGAGCCAGACCAUCAGGUAGUGGAAACAAUCGAUCUUGUGGCGAACGAACAGCCCGAGAACCGAAACGGAAUGGGCCAUAAUUCGAGAUCGGAGAGCAACGUCAAUACAAUCAGUUCUUUGCUGAAUGAUCCGAAGGUUAAUGCACUUUUACAGCUAGUUGGUAACACUAUGGCAGCAAACAAUAAUAGUGCAGUAGAAAAUGGUGCAGCAGCAGUAACCAAUCCUUUGAUUGCUGCCUUAGCUCAGCUCACAAAGCAACCACUCAAUGUUUCGGGCACAGCUGGUGCUUCCACGAAAAGUCCUACGAAAGGACCUCCGCGGAGUGAUGCAAAUCCAUCCGACGUAGAAAAUGGGCAAUUUGCGAAUGGCAAUAACCCGGUGCCAUCCAAUAGUCGUGCCACUGGUACGGCCACAAAUUGUCGGACAGACAAUAGGGAAGGGUAUCCUGGUUUCAAUCCUAACGUCCCACCACCUUUGAUCGAUGUGGAUCUCUCGCAACCGCCACCAUUUAUGCGUGGAAAUCAAAAACCUCCUGCGAAACAGCAGCCUCAACGUAGCAAUCGCUGGAACCGGAAUCAUUCGGAUAGCAGCAAACCGUUAGAGAGGGGUGAUGGGCCUCCAUUGGCAAAAAUUGGUCGCUUCGAUAGGCCCCCGCCACCGUUUGGUAUGGCGCAAGAGUAUCGCAUCGAUCCGGACCUUGGACGGCCGGUGGCUGUCCCGAAACCUGCCUGGAUGACGGAAGAUGAGUAUCAGGAGAUCUAUGAGCGUUACGAGGAUAUCCAGAGUUUUGAAGAGCGCAAAAAUAAAAUGGAACUGGCCAUACAGGUGCUGCGGCAGAACAAAAUUCGGGCUGGAAUGCUAGUGGCCCCCGAUAGGCCGUCUGGUUCCGGGCAUACAAUGCACGGUGGAAUUCCACGGCCAAUAAUGCUAGAGAACAUCAAACGUGAAUCGUCUGACGAGUACUUCCAACCGAAGCAAGUAUUUGAUUACAGCAACUGUCGAAACCCGAUUCAAGCAAACCAAGAGGCACCUGCCGGUCGGGUGAUCGAUUAUGGUCACCAAGGUCCUGCCGGUACUUCCUAUCGGUCGCUAAGCAACCGGCAAAGUGUACAAGCGAGAUUACGCAAUGUGAACCAUAAUGUGCGGGGAGCGAUUGAAAGCGAUUUUGUUGCUAAUACUAGACGAUUCGAUUAUAAUCACUCUAGUGCAACUAGUGUGCUGCCGGUGCCCAACAGCAAUAAUACAUCACAGUGGCCAAUUGCAAAUCAAAAUGCUCAAGGACUCGAUGGUUCUGUUUCAAGCCUUCAGCGUUUAGCAGAAAUGCAUCUGAAUCCAAAUCCUGAGGAAAGCAAUCCGCACUAUCCCUGCAAGUUCAUCUUAAUGAACGAUAAUCGACCCAAGCAUCUUAGGACCAAGCGAGGCAAGCGUCCAUCAUCGAUAAGAAAACAAAAAUUAAAGCAACUCAAGGAACAACAGGAGCAGCAACAGAAUCAACAACAACAACAAAUACCGCAGCAGCAACCGCAGCAACAGCGGCAGGAACAGGAAACUAUUGAAAGCAACAUGAUCGCACCAAAGCAGGAACCAGUUGUUGAAAUGGGAUUGGAAGAACUGAGUUCUGACAAUGAUAUUGAUGACGAAGGAACAGAUUGGGCUCCCGACAGUACUGAUGAGGCAGGCACUGCUGGUGCUGUACAACAACAUGAAUCAGAACAGCAGCAGGAACAGCAGCAGCCACAAGAACAAGAACAGCAACAACAGCAGGAACAGCAACAACGGCAACAACAGCAGGAACAGCAAGAACAGCAGCAAUCGCUGCAACAGCAACAACGGCAACAACAGCAGGAACAACAACAGCAGCAGAAGCAGCAGAGAAAUGAUCUGCAUCAUGAAAAUUCGGAGGCGGCAGCGUUUUCACGGUUUUCACAGCAAUAUUCCGCCCCACGGAUGAUCGAUAUCGAUGAUUUGCUUUUACCGCCGGGGAGGCUAACGCGUUCACCCCGCAUCUGCAUGCUUAUCCGAGGACUUCCAGGCAGCGGCAAAUCGCAUCUGGCACGAUUGAUAAAAAACAAAGAGCAAAUUUUUGGUCCAUCGCCUCGUGUGCUUAGUUUGGAUGAUUACUUUCUCGUAGAUAAAGAGAUUGAAGAGAAGGAUCCUGUCAGUGGGAAAAUGGUAAAGGUUUCCCGGCAGGUGUACGAGUUCGAUGGUGAAAUGGAAGAGGUUUAUGUACAGCAUUUGAUAAAAGCGUUCAAGCGGACCAUCUCGGAGCGAUUAUUCAACUUUGUAAUUGUCGAUUGUUGCAAUCAUCAGUUGAGUUACUACUUGGAAUUUCACAACUACGCUCGAAGUAACGGAUUUAAGGUAUACACGUGCACAAUGCAGACGGAUGUAGACGUUUGUGCCAAACAGAAUAUUCACAGUCGAACGGAAGCAGAUAUUCAAGAGUAUGCCGACAACUGGGCCAUGGCCCCGGAUGAGCAUAUGCAGAUCAACUUCAACGCACUUUUUGAACCGGAGCAAACGGAUUCGAACGCCAACGUUACCGAUAUGGACAUUGCAGGCGACGAUGAAUCCAUCCCGGAUCACGAUGUAAACCAAUUGGAACAUGCUAACAAUUCGCAGGACGACAGUAACGGAGAAGCAACGGAAGGUCGGGCAGAGUGUGAUUUGUUCGCGAGUAAAUGGGACAACGACACCAGUGAGCAGAAUUUAGCCCGACUCGACGGUACCAGUAGACCCCUGAAGAGACCUCCAACACUGGAUGACUAUCUACGACUGGACGAUGAGGAUGACGAAGAGGAGGAGCAUAACAACGGUGGCGAUUUCGAGAACGAGGGCCGUGAACCACAGAAGAAGAAGAAGAAACGAGUUCGCUGGGCCGAUGCAGAGGAACGGAAAGCACAACGCCGGAUGCGUCAGAUGGGAUUCGUAGUCGGUGUAACGGACUGGUCGCGAAUGCUGGAUCCAACUGAAGGCAGCAGUGCGCUGACGCAGACCAAGUACAUUGAGCGCGUGAAGAAAAAGUCAGAUGGAAUGUAAGUCAUCAAUAGCGAACCAGUCGUAAGAAUGGAGUAUAAUAUGUGUUUGCGCUUUGGUGUACAGUUUUGUCGUACGAAGUAUAAUUUGGGUUGCCAAUUUCGGCAUCAGAUUAUUAAUAUACAUGCAUGUAGAGUUUGCUACGA